AUGUUGAAACCUUUGUUUUGGCGAAUUGCAAGCAGUUACAACAAGGCGGAUUAUAAAGAAAAUUUGAGCAUAUUCAAGGAAUUUGAUCCCCAGGCUUGUAAGACUCUACUACGAAAGGAUCCAAGUUCAUGGUGUAGGGCGUUUUUCAGGGUUGGUUGUUGUUGUGCUGAUACACACAACAAUCACACUGAGUCAUACAAUAGAACCUUAAAGAUCGCAAGGAGGAAGCCAUUUGUCCAAAUGUUAGAACUUAUAAGAAGGGAUGCAAUGCAAAGGGUUGCCAAUAGGUCUAUUAUUGCUGAAAAAGAAGCUGCAAAAUUCACAAAAAAGGCAAGGAAAGAGCUGGAAAAAUCUUGUGAAGAAGCGCAAUAUUGUGCAUUGAUUUCUAGCACCGGUGGAGAAUAUGAGAUUGUUGAGUUCGGGAUUGGAUACACCCUCAACUUGAACAAUCGUGAAUGUGCAUGCAGAAAAUGGGAUUUGACGGGUAUACCUUGUCGUCAUGCUGUGUGUGCAAUCAGAGAACUCAAUCUGGAAGUGGAAGACUAUAUAUCAGAUUACUACUUGAGUGAGAAAUGGAAGGGAACAUAUAGAAGAGGUUUGAGGCCUGUUAAUGGAGUUAAGUUUUGGGAAGAUUCUGGUAAACCAAGAAUUGUUGCACCUCCUUAUAAACGACCUGCAGGGAGACCUAAGGGAAAAGCUAGGAUCAAGGGGCUUAAUGAAUCACCACGCAAAAAAAAGUCUGAGACGAAGGUUGAUCGAAAAGGAAGAAUAGUGCAUUGUGGUCUAUGUGGUGAACAAGGACAUAAUUCAAGAAAGUGUCCUCAUGAGUCUCCGGAGAGCCGGGCAAAGAGAAGGAAGCUUAUGGUGACUCCUCUAUUGGAAGCUCAAGAUCAAGAAGAAAUGGGAGCAGCAUUGGCAGCCAUGGAGCAUGAAGAUCAACCGGAAAUUGGAGGAGCUUUGGUUGGCAUGGAGCAUCAAGAUCAAGAUGAUGCUGAAGUGCAAGAUGUGUCAUCAACAGCACCAUAA